GGUCGGAUCCUCUUAGCGUAUAAAAUUGAGAAUUUUUCCCAUCUUCUCCACUUUCACCAUUUUUGCGCCGCAGCUUUGCCGUCGAUUUCAUUCAUCAUCUCCGUUCACUCGCCGUCGCCGUCGCAGCCCAACCCGAAGGUUAGUCCAUUCUUCCCCGCUCUCAUGACGUCUUCUGAUUCUACUUCCACCCCCGUUGUCGACCCAGCGACGGUUUGCUUUGAGGAAAUGUACCGUCAAAAUCCCUCCCUCCGCCCCGACGGUCCGGUGGGAGGAAUUGACCAUUCUAGGGUUUUGAGCGCGUUUCCUCUGCGUACGUCAGUCACCGUGGCGUCGUCAUCUCAAGCGGCGCAUCUGAAGAAAAAGAAGAAAUUGAAAAUCGUUCAGGAGAGGACCCGCAAAUCCUUGCCUGUCACCGCUUUGGAUAAGGGUCUGAUCACAAGUACGGGUUGUCUCCUGUUGGACGUUGACUUUGACGAGGCUCUCCGCUUCGUAGGAGACGGUUACGUGGUGCGCCGACCGCACACAACUAACCAUGUCUUCUCGGUGAUCUGUCGCGACGCCGAGGUCGGGGUGCACGUGGCGUCCAUGCGCUACGGCCUUCGCUUCCCCCCUCACGAUCUAAUAGUCCAAUUUCUGAAUUUCUACCGUCUUCUGCCGGGUUUCCCGACUGUCACACGUUUAUUCGUCAUCCUCGGCCUGAGGCCACUCCCGAGCUUCUCGCACAUGCGCAAAAACUGUUGGAAGACUGCCGGCCUAAACCACCCCAGGUACACGGUGUGUACGGAGCAGAACUUAGCGGAGGUGGGGAUCCUUAUCUCCCUCGAGCGUCAGUUCGAGCUAUCCGAAUCCGUACUUGGGAGUCGCCCGAAGCAUGGGCUUGAGGAGAGCGCUCCGAGGUCGGAAGAUCUGGAAUCGGGGAACGAAGAAGAGGAGGAUGACGAGGAGGUGGAAACCGACAAAGAGUCAGAACAGCCAUCCUACUCCGAGGGGAUUGCUGACGUGGGUCCUUCCGGAGCUUUGCCGUCGAUUUCAUUCAUCAUCUCCGUUCACUUGCCGUCGCCGUCGCAGCCCAACCCGAAGGUUAGUCCAUUCUUCCCCGCUCUCAUGACGUCUUCUGAUUCUACUUCCACCCCCGUUGUCGACCCAGCGACGGAUUGCUUUGAGGAAAUGUACCGUCAAAAUCCCUCCCUCCGCCCCGACGGUCCGGUGGGAGGAAUUGACCAUUCUAGGGUUUUGAGCGCGUUGCCUCUGCGUACGUCAGUCACCGUGGCGUCGUCAUCUCAAGCGGCGCCUCUGAAGAAGAAGAAAUUGAAAAUCGUUCAGGAGAGGACCCGCAAAUCCUUGCCUGUCACCGCUUUGGAUAAGGGUCUGAUCACAAGUACGGGUUGUCUCCUGUUGGACGUUGACUUUGACGAGGCUCUCCGCUUCGUAGGAGACGGUUACGUGGUGCGCCGACCGCACACAACUAACCAUGUGUUCUCGGUGACCUGUCGCGACGCCGAGGUCGGGGUGCACGUGGCGUCCAUGCGCUACGGCCUUCGCUUCCCCCCUCACGAUCUGAUAAUCCAAUUUCUGAAUUUCUACCGUCUUCUGCCGGGUUUCCCGACUGUCACACGUUUAUUCGUCAUCCUCGGCCUGAGGCCACUCCCGAGCUUCUCGCACAUGCGCAAAAACUGUUGGAAGACUGCCGGCCUAAACCACCCCACGUACACGGUGUGUACGGAGCAGAACUUAGCGGAGGUGGGGAUCCUUAUCUCCAUCGAGCGUCAGUUCGAGCUAUCCGAAGCCGUACUUGGGAGUCGCUCGAAGCAUGGGCUUGAGGAGAGCGCUCCGAGGUCAGAAGAUCUGGAAUCGGGGAACGAAGAAGAGGAGGAUGACGAGGAGGUGGAAACCGACGAAGAGUCAGAACAGCCAUCCUACUCCGAGGGGAUUGCUGACGUGGGUCCUUCCGGAGCUUUGCCGUCGAUUUCAUUCAUCAUCUCCGUUCACUCGCCGUCGCCGUCGCAGCCCAACCCGAAGGUUAGUCCAUUCUUCCCCGCUCUCAUGACGUCUUCUGAUUCUACUUCCACCCCCGUUGUCGACCUAGCGACGGUUUGCUUUGAGGAAAUGUACCGUCAAAAUACCUUCCUCCGCCCCGACGGUCCGGUGGGAGGAAUUGACCAUUCUAGGGUUUUGAGCGCGUUGCCUCUGCGUACGUCAGUCACCGUGGCGUCGUCAUCUCAAGCGGCGCCUCUGAAGAAGAAGAAGAAAUUGAAAAUCGUUCAGGAGAGGACCCGCAAAUCCUUGCCUGUCACCGCUUUGGAUAAGGGUCCGAUCACAAGUACGGGUUGUCUCCUGUUGGACGUUGACUUUGACGAGGCUCUCCGCUUUGUAGGAGACGGUUACGUGGUGCGCCGACCGCACACAACUAACCAUGUCUUCUCGGUGACCUGUCGCGACUCCGAGGUCGGGGUGCACGUGGCGUCCAUGCGCUACGGCCUUCGCUUCCCUCCUCACGAUCUGAUAGUCCAAUUUCUAAAUUUCUACCGUCUUCUGCCGGGUCAGCUCAGUCCCCAUUCCUACUACUGUUUCUCGAUCUUCCUGAUUAAGUGUCACCAGAGGGGAGUCCCCUGGUCUCUGGAUUUGUUCCGUUAUAUGUUUAAGAUUUCCAAAGUCGGGGCCCGCGAAGGGAAUUCGUACGCUGUCGUUUUUUCUCAGUCCGAGUGUGGAAUGGAUGUCUUCCCCACAUCCCUGAAACUUUGGAAAGCCAAAUUUGUCUUCGUUUCUGGCUUUCCCGGGAACCGGCACCCUCCCCAAGCCAGGUUUCCCGACGGUCACACGUUUAUUCGUCAUCCUUGGCCCGAGGCCACUCCCGAGCUUCUCGCACAUGCGCAAAAACUGUUGGAAGACUGCCGUCCUAAACCACCCCACGUGUACACGGUGUGUACGGAGCAGAACUUAGCGGAGGUGGGGAUCCUUAUCUCCCUCGAGCGUCAGUUCGAGCAAUCUGAAGCCGUACUUGGGAGUCGCCCGAAGCAUGGGCUUGAGGAGAGCGCUCCGAGGUCGGAAGAUCUGGAAUCGGGGAACGAAGAAGAGGAGAAUGACGAGGAGGUGGAAACCGACGAAGAGUCAGAACAGCCAUCCUACUCCGAGGGGAUUGCUGACGUGGGUCCUUCCGGAGGGAUGUCCUCCACUUAGGGUUCACUCCUUUUUUUUGUUUAAUGCCGACUUAGAAGGGAUGAGGUUUAUAUACAAGUUGCAGCUAGGGUUCCGACCGUUG